AUUUUUAAUGUGACUCAAUCAAUCCUUUUUAGCUUCUUUCAAUGUUGCCUGUGUUUUGUCAGUGUAUAACUUCAGCUUCAUCAGUUCUUUACAUCAAAGGAAGAAAGGUCGCAAAGUUGGAUGAUAAUGGUUUUUUAAGAUCAUCAAGGAUUGAUUUGCUUCUUUGUGGGCUCUUUUUGUAUUAUUUUUUGCCAUUCACACAUGCUUAUCUUCCCUCUUCUAUUGCCAGCUUUUCAACUGAAUAAAUUUUUAUUUAAUCAAGUGAAAUCAUUGAGGAAUUGUGGUUUUUUUGCUGUUCAGCGGUUAUUUCAUAAAAAUGCGAAGGAUCCCAAUCCAAUGGCCUGUUAUCCGGAAUCUCCUUUCAAACGUGUUGAUGAAUUUAGGAUAUUUUUGAAAAAAUCUUUACUCAAUUCCUGGUUACUAAAAGGGAAUGGAAGUGAAGAAGACAAGGAACUUAAUUUUCAAAGGUUGGAAAAAUGGUUAACUAGACCACCAAAGUAUACGACAAUCAGAUUCAACACAAAUAAACUGGACCAAUCUUCUGCAAUCACCAAAUUGAAAGAAAUACUAUCAAGUCGCUGUCAUCGGUUUCCAGUUGAGUCAUUGUCUAUUCAGGGUCAUUCAAUUUUAAAAGAUUUAUUGGUUAUUACAAACGGUGGUUAUUAUGAUAAAAUUGAAAACCUUAAGCCCUACGGUAAACCUGUUAUUAUUGAUCUUAGAGCUGGCCAAUCUGUUCUCAGAGGAUCAGAGAUUUAUGUUGGUGGAAUAAUUGGUGCCACAGCCGAUUUAAGAAAACUUGACAAAGUAGCUGUGUAUGUUGAUAUUGAAGGUAAAUGCUUAAAAGGGUGGAAGAGACCUUAUAAAGGAGCUAAAGUAUUCAUUGGAAAUGGGAUAAGUUUAUACAAUCGUCGAGACAUUUUCAAUGACAAUCCACCUCAAGGAAUUGGAGUACAAUUAACUGAUUGCCUUUAUCCAGCUCCAUCUUUAUAUGGGAACAUGAAUAAUCUUUUCUUUGCUCAAAAUUUUCCCUCCAUGGUCACCGUUCAUGCUCUUGAAGUAUCUCCUGGACAAGUUAUUUUGGACAUGUGUGCCGCGCCCGGCGGUAAAACAACUCACAUAGCAUCUUUAAUGAAUUUAACAGGAACCUUGAUUGCUUGUGAUGUAUCUAAAUCUCGUAUCGAUAAAUUGAAAGCUAAUCUUGAGAGGUGGGAAAUGGAUCAAUUCGUAUCAGUUUUUACACACGAUUGUACAAAACCAAUCAACAUUAAAGAUGGCCAAACUAAUUCAAGUAAUCAGAGCCACCUUGAACCACCAUUUUGUGAAGAAACGUUUGACCGUAUUUUAUUAGAUGCUCCAUGUAGUGGGCUUGGUCAAAGACCUCAACUUGUCGGUGAUAGAAGUCUUGCCAGCUUUUUAUCCUAUCCGAAAGUACAAUCAAGACUCAUUGAAAAUGCUGUUAAAUUGCUAAAACCAGGAGGAAUCCUUAUCUAUUCAACAUGCUCUUUCACCAUAGAAGAAAACGAAGCUAUUGUAUCCAAAAUUUUGCACGACCAUCCUGACUUAAGUUUGGAACAUCAGUCUCCUUAUCUUUUCGGUCAACCAGGUUUUGAAGGCGCUCAUAAUCUAACAUCAGAAGAUUUAUUGAAAGUCCAACGUUUUAUUGGUUCUUAUGAUAUUGAUGCAGCUGAAAGUGACACAAUUGGCUUUACGAUCUCUAAGCUUCGCAAGGAUAAAUAAAAUGAACAAUUUCUUUGAAUAUUUCAACAUUGAAAUAUUUUGUAACUAUUUGAUACAUGUCUUUUUAUCACAAAUAAAGUAUCGAACUGAGUUUUUUUACUUUUGAA